UCACUCGCCGUUACUAGGGGAAUCCUUGUUAGUUUCUUUUCCUCCGCUUAUUGAUAUGCUUAAGUUCAGCGGGUAAUCUUGCCUGAUAUCAGGUCCAAUUGAGAUGCCACCUCCGCAGCAAGCCGCAGAGACAACACAGAGUUCCCAAAUGGAUCGACCCUCGACAGCCGAAGCCGCCACCCUACUUCGCAACAACACCGCCGGUUCAAAAGCCAAGCCUCACACAGCUACGGUUCACCAGCCCAUACCGCCACAGCAGGAAAAGCAUCCAAUAAGCGCAUUGUUCAGCCGAAGCCAACCAUACCGCGAAUCGAACACUCCUCCAUUAAACGCCGCAGCAGACAAACCGGUCGCCGACUGGCCAUACAGGCAGCCUCCACAACCAACAACGUCACGCUUUUCGAGCAAAGAGAAGUACAGUUCAGUACAUUUCAAGGGACUCGCAGGCAGCCCGAAGGCCACGCCGCAAGACACCUCACGUCUGGCGUCUCCAUCCACCGACUACACGGAAGGAAGAGAGCCAAGUUUGAUGUACGGACACUGAUACAGGCAUACUCCCAGGACUAACCCGGAAGUGCAAUAUGCGUUCAAAAUUUCGAUGACUCACUGAAUCCUGCAAUUCGCAUUACGUAUCGCAGUUCGCAGCGUUCUUCAUCGAUGUGCGAGCCUAGACAUCCACUGCUGAAAGUUGCUAUC